AAUCAGAAAUUGAGAUUUGUGUGGAAUGAUGAUGUGUCAGACGUGUGUUGUGAAAAAUCUUAUGUUUUUACGCAAUGAAAUGAUUUAUCUGCAAUAAUGUUCAAAAAUAGUGAAUUAUUUACCCUUCCUGCUGGACCACCUGAGCUCUGCUUCGACAAGAAUGAAUUCACAAAGAAAACAUUCUCUGUGGAUGACUUCCUGCAAGAACACCGCAAUGCCGGGAGUCUCGAGGAGAUUCGGGAUGAUUUGGGAGUAUACCUGAAGGUCUUACGGUCAGCUAUGAUAGAAUUAAUCAAUGAGGACUAUGCGGAUUUUGUCAAUUUGUCUGCUAACUUAAUUGGACUGGAUCAAUCAAUUGAGGGCAUCCAGAUACCUCUGAGGCAUCUACAGCAGGAAAUUGAAGGGGUCAGGAGUAUUUUGGGAGACAAUAUGAAUGAAUUGUCUGAGUGUUUGAGGCAGAAGCAACAGCUGAGGAAUAUGAAGAAGAGCCUUAAGAGUUUGGGAAGGGUCAAUGAGUCACUUGAGAAAUUAUCUGAGAUGCUGGAAGUGAAUGAUGAUAGCUCAAUACGGCCUGAAAUGCUUGAGAGAGCAGCCCAGGAGUUUGUUCAGAUGCAAUUUAACAUAAACUGCUGUGAAAAAUAUCUGAAUGAAGACAUUAAGGAGAGAAUAGAUGGUCUGCGAGAAAAAAUCUUCAGACAAUCUCGAGAUUACUUCCUUUCAGUCCUAGAGGAUCGUAAUCGUCAGGGAUUGGAACAGAGCCUGAGAAUCUACUACACUUUAGAGGGAUGUUCUGUGGCUGAGGAUAUUUUUCGGAAGGAAAUUGUGGCCAGUAGUAUGGACAGAGUAAUCUCCGAAUCAUCCCUGCAGAACUCUGUCCAAGGAUUGACGGGAAUUUACAAUAGAAUAUUCGAAUUUGUUUCCAUUCAAAUGAAAGAUUUACUGCAAUUGACACAGGGCAGGAAUGUGGCUCAGAUCAAGGGAUACGAUUUCUUUCUCAAUAGUUUCUGGGUGGAAGUUGAACGACGUUUGGAGACGCAUAUGGCAUCAAUUUUUGCUCCUGGAAAUCCUGAUGCAUUUUAUGUAAAAUACAGAGCCACAUUGCAAUUUCUUGCACAACUCGAGAGUAUUCUUGCGACCCCAGAGGCCAUUGAUCAAUUUAGGAAUCACGCGCAGUACAAGAGUUUCCAAAUACGAUGGAACUUACCAGUAUACUUCCAAAUACGCUUCCAGGAAAUUGGUGGAGCAGUAGAAGGAUCUUGCAGUCGUCAGAUCUCCAGUGGAUUGCUGUCCAAGUCCGGAGACAUUCAGAUGGUGCCUUUUGUCACGGCUCUCUCGUGUAUUUCACAAUGUUGGUCAGAUGCAAUUUACCUGCCGCAGCUAUUCCAUCGUUUCUGGAAACUCUCCCUGCAGAUCCUCGCACGGCUCUGUACAUGGACCGAUGAAGUGUUGGCUGUAAAGAAAUGGAAUGCAGCAGAAGCGAAUAUCAAGCGAAUUGAUUUUCUGGUGUUUCUCCUGACAGAUUGCAUCAAAUUGCUGGGAAAAAUGCCUGGGCUCCUGCAAAUGGCCACAGGAAAGAUUCCACAGGAGCUCAAAGAGCACAGUGGUGAUCUCAAAAAGUGCCUAGAUGACACCAAAGAAGCCCUCAAGAGUAGGAUUGAGUCCGUGGAGAAUGCUGUCCUGUCGGAACUCACUGCAGAGAGUGAACAAUACAUCCGUCAGAUCACAGAUAUUCCUCGACUCUACCGAAAGACCAAUAGGGAUAUCCCUUCUAAGGCCUGUUCCUACGUGUCACAACUUCUAGCACCAUCACUGGCAUUCAAAAAGCGCUACAUGCACGAGAUCAACGAACGUAUGAAUAAUUACCUACAGCGUCUGUAUUCCAGGCUAACUGAACAAUUCUACUCGCAAGUGAGUGAAGUAUUAACGUCUGUGCAGAAAACGGAGGAGUCACUGAGACGACUUAAGAAUCUCCGGGAGAAAUCAUCAAAUGCCAAUGUGACGUCAACAGAGCGCUCAGGCAUGUCAGACGAUGACAAAAUUCGCCUCCAACUGCAAGUUGAUGUGAUCUACUGGGUGGCUGAAAUUGAGAAGCUCGGCCUCAAGAGAAAUCAAAUUGAUAAACUUCCCGAGUUGAUACGCCUCGUGGAGGAAUCUACCAAGAUUCGCAUGGAAGAGUGAUAGUCCUAAAUACUACUAGUGAUCCAUGCUGUUAGAUAGUUUUGUAAAAUAAAUACCAAUUCAUUUUAAAAAA